CAUUUUGACCUUGCAGUUUUCCUUUAAUUAACCGGUGUUAGAAUUCUUAACAGAAAAUCGAACACAUCUGUAGUCAGAUUCGUCUCAGUAGCAAUAGAAUCCACAUUCUCAUAAUCACAGUGCUUAUGUUUUCAGAAAACCAAAUCAAAACCCUAAUUUGAUGAAUCCAACUCCCUAAAAUCUUCUUCUUCCAAGCCCUAAUAAUCCUCCAAUGGCAGCAGUCUCUGUCGCCGCCGAAUGGCAGCUCCUCUACAACCGGUACUACCGUAAGCCGGAAAUCUACCCAAUGCAAUGGAAACACGUCGAUCUCAGCCGCAACAAGGUCGCCUGUGCUUCCUUCGGCGGCCCAAUCGCCGUCAUUCGCGACGAUUCCAAGAUAGUCCAGCUCUACGCCGAAUCGGCUCUCCGAAAGCUCCGAAUCUUCAACUCUGCCGGAGUCCAAAUCUCCGAAACCGUUUGGAAAAACCCAGGUGGCCGAUUGAUCGGUAUGUCCUGGACCGAUGAUCAAAUUCUUGUUUUUGUUACUCAGGAUGGUACGGUUUAUCAAUACAACAUUCACUCCGAGCUAAUUGAACCCAAUCUUUCGAUGGGCAAGGAGUGUUUUGAUCACAGUGUUGUGGAAUGUGUGUUUUGGGGAAAUGGGUUGGUUUGUAUCAAUGAGGCCAAUCAGUUGUUUUGCAUUCCGGAUUUUAAGAACCCGAAACCCUGCAAGCUCGCUGACCCGAAUUUGGAGGAGUUUCCGCUCUGUGCUGCAGUGAUCGAGCCGCAGUAUACUAUGUCUGGGAAUGUGGAGGUGCUGCUUGGGGUGGAUGAUCAUGUGUUGUUGGUUGAGGAAGAUGGGGUUCAGCAAGUGGGUAUUGGCUUGGGUCCGUUGCAAAAAAUGGUGGUGUCGCGAAACGGGAAGUUGUUGGCUUCGUUUACUCAUGAUGGGAGGCUUUUGGUGAUGUCUACAGACUUCUCCAAGAUUAUUUUUGAGUAUAGUUGUGAGUCAGCCCUACCUCCAGAACAGCUAGCUUGGUGUGGAAUGGAUAGUGUGUUACUUUAUUGGGAUGAUAUGCUUUUGAUGGUCGGUCCUUAUGGAGAUCCUGUGCGCUAUGUUUAUGAUGAAUCAAUUAUGCUCAUCCCAGAGUGUGAUGGAGUGAGGAUACUUUCGAACACAAGUAUGGAAUUUCUACAACGAGUCCCUGAUUCAACUGUAUCUAUCUUUAAGAUUGGGAGCACAUUACCUGCAGCUUUGCUUUAUGAUGCCUUGGAUCAUUUUGAUCGGCGGAGUGCCAAGGCAGAUGAAAAUUUGAGAUUGAUACACUCAUCGUUGCCUGAGGCUGUUGAAGCAUGUAUUGAUGCUGCGGGUCAUGAAUUUGAUGUCUCACGACAAAGGACAUUGCUAAGAGCUGCGAGCUAUGGCCAAGCUUUUUCCAGCCACUUUCAACGUGAUCGCUUCCAAGAGAUGUGUAAAACUUUACGGGUCUUAAAUGCUGUACGCAACUAUGAUAUUGGCAUCCCUCUUAGUAUUCAACAAUACAAGUUGCUUACUCCAUCAGUUCUUGUUGGUCGUUUAAUUAAUGCCCACCAUCACGUUGUUGCACUUCGGAUAUCAGAGUACCUUGGUAUGAACCAAGAAGUGGUGAUAAUGCACUGGGCAUGUGCAAAGAUAACAGCUGCUUUAGCAAUUCCUGAUGUCACUCUCCUUGAAAUUUUACUUGAUAAGCUGAAAAUAUGCAAAAGUAUAUCUUAUGCAGCAGUUGCUGCUCAUGCAGAUAAGAGUGGCAGACGUAAAUUGGCUGCUAUGCUUGUUGAACAUGAACCACGUUCUUCCAAGCAGGUUCCUCUACUACUCAGCAUUGGGGAGGAGGAUACAGCUCUGACAAAGGCAACUGAAAGUGGUGAUACCGACCUUGUUUAUCUUGUCCUAUUUAAUAUCUGGCAGAAGAGGCCACCAUUGGAGUUAUUUGGAAUGAUACAGGCCAGAACACUGGCACGUGAUUUAUUUAUAAGUUAUGCACGAUGCUGUAAGCAUGAUUUUCUGACGGACUUCUUUCUUUCGACUGGGCAGCUUCAAGAGGUCUCUUUUCUUUUGUGGAAAGAGUCAUGGGAACUAGCAAAAAAUCCGAUGGCAAGCAAAGGAUCUCCCCUUCAUGGUCCACGCAUAAAACUUAUCGAAAAGGCUCAAAGUCUCUUUGUGGAAACAAAGGAACAUACAUUUGAGUCAAAGGCUGCUGAAGAGCAUGCAAAAUUGUUAAGAAUACAACAUGAUUUAGAAGUGGCAACAAAGCAGGCCAUUUUUGUGGAUUCAAGUAUUAGCGACACCAUUCGCACAUGUAUUGUACUGGGAAAUCAUCGGGCUGCGAUGAAAGUUAGAACAGAAUUCAAGGUUUCAGAAAAGAGAUGGUAUUGGCUUAAAGUUUUCGCUUUGGCUACAAUUAGGGAUUGGGAUGCCUUAGAAAAGUUUUCAAAGGAGAAAAGACCACCAAUUGGUUAUCGGCCAUUUGUUGAGUCAUGCAUUGAUGCAGAUGAGAAAGGUGAAGCAUUGAAAUAUAUCCCAAAACUUGCAGAUCCACGGGAGAGAGCUGAGGCUUAUGCUCGAAUUGGCAUGGCCAAGGAAGCUGCGGAUGCCGCAUCUCAGGCCAAAGAUGGUGAGCUACUUGGUCGAUUGAAGUUGAGUUUUGCACAAAAUGCUGCAGCUUCAUCUAUAUUUGAUACGCUUCGAGACCGGUUGUCAUUUCAAGGAGUUUCGUAGCCUUGCCUCUCCAUUAUCUUCCUUGUCUUUGUUAUGUUCUCGUGAGUUUCUUUUCCCAUUUGUUGCAUUUGUAUUUAUUCCUUAUUGCGACAAGUUUUUGAAUCAGUUGUGUAGAGUGUUUUUUCUUUGAACUUAAUUGAUAGUGUUUGUAAUAAUUAAAUACAUUACACUAAAGAAAACACAUCUUAAAGGAAUCAACAACUUAUGUAAUAAUUUAUAGGGAUAUUAUUACCCUCGUUCGUUUUCCUA